ACGCAUCGCGCGUGAACGGAACAUGACAGUUUGGACGUUCGCCAAUUAAAUUAGAUUAUCAACCGUUCGGCGGAUGAUUGUCAUAGCCGAUACGAUUUCACCGACGAAAAGACGCCGCGGUCAGCAGUCGCGGACGAGCGCCGUCGUCGGUGGUUUGCUGUUUUGCAUACGUGGCAGAGGUCGCUCACCAAUGAGGAGAGUUGCCGGCCGAUAGGCGUGGCUUGCAGCGCCUAGUACUGCUCGCUCCACGUCCGGCCGCCAUAGUGCUUCGGUCAAUCGUGUCGCGUGUAUGUGAUUUCCACAUCCGUCGCGCUGACUCUCUCGCUCUUUUCGAUUCGCAGCCGUGCGUCCCGUAGCGAGGAGUUCGCAGCACGUCGCUCCGCCACGAUCGUGUCCAACCUUUUGACGUGUCCGUCGCAACAUCGUGUCGUGGGAUUUACGGAAAUAAACACCCUCAGAUAAAACAAUUAAAGAUGGAUUUCCAGACAGGACUUGUGUAUGUUGGCAUUGUUGUCCUCUCAGCUGCAGCCAUUGUUUUAAUAUCAAUGAUUGGUAUAAGAGAGAAAUCUUACGAAGAAGCCAUCGCCGAGCAAAGAAAGUUUCCGGAUGAUCUGUUGUCAAAUAAAAAGGAUAAAAAUAAAGAAAAGAAACACAAGAAGGCAGGAAAGAAGGUAAAAGAGAAGAAAGAGGAAAAAGAUGACAAGGAUGAUAAGGAUGAAAGAGUGGAGCAUGUUCAAUUCGAAGAGACUCCGCAAAUAUUGCCUCCUGAGCCACCAGUGCAGGAGAGUAACAAAGGCAAUAAGAAGAAAGGAAAACUUGAAAAGAUAAAACCAAUCCUCGUAAAUAAAGACGAGCCAUUGGUCAUUGUGACUGAAUUAAAUCCUUCGCAACCUCCCUUGGCAGAAGCUAACCAUUUUGACCUCAUUCAUCCAAAAGAUGACCUUGAACUCGUGCGGAAUCAGAGUAAAGAGAAUCUUCAGCAGAUUACUCAAGUGGAGGCGGUGGAGAGAGCCAACAAGUCACCAAAGGAUACUCCAACCAAAGCAAAAAAGAAUAACAAGGACGCCAUAAAGAAGAAAGAUGAGAACGCUAAGGAUGAAAAGCAGGACACCAAUGCUCACAUUAAUGCAUCGUCCGCUAAUAAGGAAGGUGGGAAGGAAGUGAAGGAGCAGCAGAAAGAAACGCCGGUUAAAGAAGUGAAAGAAGUCAUUAAGGAAGUCGUGGUCCAGCAGUUGACAAAUAAGGAGCCCAAAAAGACGAAAAAAAAGAAUGACAUCUUAUCUCAAAUUGACGGAGAUGCUGUCAAUGUCGAGCUACUGAUGCUGUGUAUUCAGAAAGCGGAGCUCAGCCGAUCCGAAAUACAAGUUCUUACCAAUCAGCUGUUGAAUAAGCAGCAGGACAGUCCGCUGGAGCAUUCCGAGUGGACGGAGGGUCGCGCCGACCCUGUCAUCAAGCUGAAGAAGCAGCUGGCGGAGAAGGAGAAAUCGUUAGCUGACGAGCACGAGGCGAGCAUAGCCUUCCAGAACAAGCUGAAGGAACUGAGAGCCGAGUUCAACACGGAGAGAUCCAGGCUCUCGGCGAGCAUCAGGCAGCUGGAGGAGUCGUUGAGCGCGAAGGUCACCGAAACCCAGACGUUACACACUCGAAUGCAGCACAUUCUGGAGAGCCACGCGGCGGAGAAGCAAGGCUUCGGCCGGCAGAUCGAGCAGCUGCAGACCAAAGUGAACGAGGACUCCGCUAUUAUUCACAAAUUGCAGGAGGACCAAGGGCAGACUCAGGGCCAUCUACAGCAGGAGCUGAUGGCGCAGCGGAAGCAGAUGGAGGUGCAGUUCGCCCAGAUGCGCGAGAACGAGAACGCCCUGAAGUCGCAGCUGGCCCAGAAGCACGUGGAGGUGCAGGAGCUACAAAAUGAACUGCAAGCGACCUGCGAGAGCAGCACCGCUGAGAUAGAGAUGCUGCGCCAGCAACUAGGGAUCAUGCAGAAUCAACUGAUGCACUCGGAAGGGCAACUGCAGCAUUUUAAGGAAACAAGCGAUCGGCUACAGGAUAUCGCUAGGCAGCUUGAGGAAUCCCAUCGCACGCACGCGGACUUGGAUCAUCGACUGAAGAGUGCGCAUCGGCACGAGCAAGAGAUGCAGAAGCAAGUGAAUUCGCUGCAGGCCGAGCUGAGUCUCGUGAAAAACGAGGCCAACGAAGCGCCUACCUUGAAAGUGGAACUCGGUAAAGCGCAAGCCGAAUUGAUGAAACUGAAGUCGGAGCUGUCAGCCUCGCUGAACGAAGCCAAAUCUGAAGCGGCCGAAGUCACAGUCUUGAAAACCGCGUUGAGCAGCAAGGAGGACGAAUUGAAGAAAUCUCAGGACAAACUCAAAGCAACGCAGAACGAUUUACUGCAAUCCAACGCGCAAGUUACGCGUGUGGAGUCUCAGUUGAGUUCUGCGCAAAAGGAAUUGGACUUGAUAAAGACCGAUUUCGAGAGGACUGAGUGCAAUCUGAAAGAAAAGAUGAACGACGCGAACACUUAUCAAAAUGAGAUGCAGAGGCUGCAGAAACUGUUAACGGACGUAGAGGCGGAAUUGGCUAUGGCUUACACGCAGAUCAAAGAUUCCAGUGAAGCUGCGAGCGAAUUGAAAGCUUUACAGACUGAAAUGAAUAGAUUACAAGGCCACGAGAAGAAGGUGGGAGACGUGGAGUUCCGGGUUGUAAAAUUGCAAGAGGAAAACGAUAAGCUGCGUGCUGAGCUUGCGAAUGCUUUAGAGAGACAGAAAGAGCUUCAACAACGUGAGCAAGAGAAAGUGUACACCAACACCUUGGUCGACAACAAUUCUUCAACAGCAGACGGCAAUUUAUCCAAUGAAGAGAGAACUUUACUGGAGACAUUGAAAACUGAGUUGACGCAGAAGAAGAAGGAACUUAACAAGGCAAAUGAGCAGAUACAGAAGUUCGAAAGUGAUAAAAACGAAUCCCGACGUUGUAUUACGGAACUAGCAAAUGCUUUAGAGGCCCAGAAAUUAAAAAACGAUGACUUACGCGUUAGAAGCUGGAAAACGAUGGAAGCUCUUCAUUCUGCUGAGACGCGUGCCAAAUAUAGUGAAGAAUGCAUCAAAGAGACAACAGAAAAAGUCAAAGGAGAACAAGAGGAAGUAACUAAGGCUUUUCUGCAGAGGAUAUUCCCAGACAUUAAAGUGUCUGAGAAGACGCACGAACAGUGGCUAAAAGCUUUUGAGGACAAGACAUGCGCUGUUCUGAGUGAAUUAAAACAGAAAAACACAGAUCAGACAAAUUCAGAUUUGGAGAGACAAAACAAAAAUCUGCAAGGCAUGGUUUCACAUUACAAACAGAUUAUCGACGAUACGGAAGGUAUGCUUAAUAAUCUACAAAGUCAUAUAGAAUCCGAGGAGACGAGAUGGCAGUCGCAACUUCGGCAAAAGGAAAACGAAGUGGCGAAUCUUAGAGUAGAACUUAACGAUAUGCAAUCCAAACUAAUAACAAAUGAAGAGGUAAAGAGGGUGAAGGAGUUGGAAGAUCGUGCGAAGCAGAAUCGCGCGGAAAUAUUACUUAAGACCGCGCAGAGAAACACGUCUUUCGACGAAGUAGAAGGCAAUAAACUCAGCACUUUAGAGCAAUUACAAGAGGAGAAGGCUAGAUUAUCACAGGAGUUGGAAGUAGAGUGCAAUAAAAGGGCAACGUUGGACGCGGAAGUUACGAAACUGCGUUCCCUUGUUGAAACUAGUGAGGCGAGUUUAACGUACGAGAAAAAUCUUGUCACGCAGCUUCAGCAGGAAGUUUCCCAACUCAAGAACGAAAUUUGUGGCGGCUGUAGCAGCUCAGAGCAGUCUAUGCUGAAUGGUCCACCCACAUCAAACUCUCUUCAAUCCGAGCCUCCUCUAGCGUCUCAAGCUCUGAUAACUGCAUUAGAAAGUACUCUGCUCAAGAAUACAGAGUUUGCAAACUGUUCCAUUACCAAGCCUGUCAAUUUGACCAGUCAGUCUGAACAAGAAAUUGAGAACAGUCCCCUUACUACAAAAUACUCCUCCAAAUCUUGUCAUAUGCCAGAUCACAACACACAGGCUAAUUGGAACCCAUUGAAUGGCCAGCAACAUAAAAAGCACAAGAAAAAGAGGAAGGGUGGUUCAGGAAAAAAAUAACUUCGAAAAAUAAGCUACGCUAGUGCAGUGUGAGUGCUGGUGAUUAAUAAAAAUGGGAUGCGCAAAUAUUAUGAAAGCGAAGCACUGCUACAUAGGUAUAAAAUGGCAUACUUUGCUACUCAGAAGACUAAUAUAAAAUGAAAAUAUUACGGAUAAUGUUUAUUGUAAAAAGGAUAUCAUAUUUUAUUAUGUGGAGAAAAUAUAAAUAAUUAAACACGUAGCGACUAAAUGGAAAAAUCUUGAGAUACGGCGUAUGUGAUGGUUAUAUACUUUAUAGUUAUAAAUAAUUAUGCGCAGCAUAAGAGUUAUCAAAAUUGUGUACUGUAAAUUUCUCCGAAUAUUAAUUGUUUAUAGAUUCUAUGAACGGUAACGAUUUGUAAAAUUUUAUUUGUUAUAAAAAAAAAAGGGAAGAAGAAAGAAAGCGCAAGAACAUAACGUUCGAGGAAUGUUCUUGCAGCUCGAAGAAAUUUGUACAAUUAAUUAAUAACAAUUAAUUAAUUUAAUUAAUUAAUAUAAUUCCAUGACUUCAUAUUGCAUUGCUUUCAUUAUGAUAUUGAUUCUGAUAUUAGUUCUGAAUCGCACUCAAACUAGUGUUCGACACUUAUUUUCUUUUUCUUUCAUAAUUAGACGUAUUGGACCAGAAGUAAUAUAUAUAUAUAUACAAAAAUAUACACAUAUGCAUAAUAACAUAUAAAGUGUAUACGGCGUUUUGUUAUCGAUAACGAACAUAAUACACCAGAUUUGUGAAACAGAUACAAGUUCAAAUUUGUUAAUCGAUUUUACGUGCAAUAAUCAAGGCGUGAGUUUAAACAAGCCAGUUUAGUACACUGUGGUUAACAGAAAAUAAUUGUGUCCAACGAUCGUACUGACUAGGCAAGUAUCGCAUACCUAACGAAGAGUCAACGCCACUCGUGCGACAUCGUCGUGAAAUUUUUGCUGCGAAAGAUCUCCGAGAAAUAAAUUGACAAAAUUCACAUAUUCUUGGUAAUUUAUUCUCGUCUCGAUCAUUUUACGAAAAUUCAAUAAGCAAAACGACAUUAUUUUACGAGUCCAUUGGAGCCAAAUCAUAAAAAAUUGAAAUUAAAAUCACGACAACAAAUCAUCAAGCAAGCAAAAGUUUCAUCACGAUUUUGCACAGGUGAGGUUGAGCGGUCUUCUUGUGAGACAGAUUUUCAUAUAGUUCGCUUAGAUCUUUAUUAUCGAAUUUAAGAACGAGUCCAAGUUAACAGUUUUAGGGGCAUUUAAGAAAAUUAUGCUUGCAAACACAUUUACAUUUAUAUUUAAUUAUAUUCUUAUUUAUCAUAACCGGACAAACCGAGGCGUUCUGUAUUGUUGUUACAGUAGCGAUAUUAGAGCUUCGGAGACGACUUUUUUACAUACCUGCAUGAACAUUUAAAAAAAAAAAAACACUGUGUUAGAUAUUAAUUGUACACUUAAAAGCGUUCUUUGUUCACCCGUGUAAUGGAUUGGUUGCGUAAAGAUAUAGGAUUACCGUACUGAUUUUUUGUAAGAGGCAUGUAUGUUUAGUACACCGCGCGUACUUAUUUACCGUUUUGUAUCUAGAAAGCAUAUUCAUAGUUAAUAAAAGUUUACUGUUUUA